GUUGCUGUGCAUGCACGAUGCCGAGGAGGAGGAGGAGGAGGAGGCGGCGGAGGAGGAGGCGGCACAGAGGAGAGGACAGCCCUGCUGCUGCUGCUGCUGCUGCUGCUGCUGCUGCUGCUGGCAGAAGAGGGGGGAAGUUUGACAAAUCGCCCCGGAGGAAGGAGGAGGGGAAGCCCCCCGAAGAGGAAGAAAAAUCUAUUGAACUUCCGAUCGGACGGAUUUCAGCUGCAAACGCGGAGCCCUUCACGUGCAUUAGCUUCUCCGGGGGUCACAGUCUAUUUCAGAGAGCCAGAACCCAGACUCCGCACACGAGGCUCGGCGCUGAGCUCGCCCUUCCCGGCACUUCCAAAGCCAGGUACCAAUUAUUUCCCAGUCCCACCGUCAGACGACCAACCCCGCUCAGCGUCCCGCCCGCUCGGCACCGCGCCCGCCCCGAGCCCCGUCGCUGCCCCUUCCGCCGCCCGUCCGCACCGCAGCUCCCGAGCACGGCGGCAGCGGCUGAGUUGCGGGGGGCCCCGCACACGGACAGCGCGGCGGCGGCCAGCGGGGAUUCCCGGCUAAGUUCGCCGACUUGGCUCGGCCCCGAGCAGGGGGGGGGUUCGCCGGGGACUGCGGGGCGCGCCGAGCGCCGGGGCCGGGCCCCCACCUGCCCGCUGCAGGCGCGGAGCGGAGCGGGGGGCAGCGCCGGCACCGCCGGCUGCGGGGAGCGCCCGGUGCCCCCCGGAUGCGCGGGGGCCGCCGCGGCUUCGCCCGGUGCGGAACAAAGGAGGAGCGGUUCGCAUCAGCGCUGCCGGGACGGACGCGCCUCUGCCAAGUUUGUUUAAGAACACGGCUGCCCGCGCCCGACAACGAUCCCCGGCUUUUGUGCAAUACAAAGCGUUGUCAAUAACUAUUACAGCGGCGGCAAUUAUCUGAGGAGAGAACAAAGGCGUUUUGUAAUAUCUACAUAACUUUAUUAGAGCAAAAUUAUUUUUAAAUGCCUACGAAUUCCCAAACCUCCUGAGUACAAAUGAAUAAAAGUUUUUCUCCGGGCUAAAA